GAUCGAGGUACGUGACACCGAUUUUUAUCCACAACUAUUUAUUUAAUCUAUUAUUUAAUUAACUUUUUACUUAUAUCUUUACUAGCUUUAUUAAUAUCUGAAUGCUGUAGAAUAAAUUUUCUAUUAAAUUACCAACAAACUUUCAAGGUAGUCAGGCGUUUUCAUUGUCGAACAAAUGUUUUUUGGUUAGGUCACUGACUCAGGCCUGGAUUUAACAAAAUUUAUUUCCAACUGACCAAUUUUCAUUUUUUUUUUCUUAAUUACAUAUUGUACUAUUUGAUUGUUGUUAUUACUAGAACAACUACAGUUUUUUGGUGAUAUUGACUUCAAGAUGAAGCAGAUCGUCGUGAAUCAAACUGUCAAAAUCCCAGAAGGGCUGACUGUGACAGCCAAGUCUCGUCAAAUCACAGUAAAGGGACCCAGAGGAGUACUCAAGAGGUCCUUCAAGCAUCUUGCUUUGGACAUCAGGAUGGUCAAUCCUCGUCUCCUCAAAGUAGAGAAAUGGUUCGGUACAAAGAAGGAGUUGGCAGCUGUAAGAACUGUCUGCUCUCACAUCGAAAACAUGCUGAAGGGAGUCACAAAGGGAUUCCUGUACAAGAUGCGUGCCGUGUACGCCCAUUUCCCCAUCAACUGUGUGACGACCGAGAACAACUCUGUGAUCGAGGUGCGUAACUUCCUGGGCGAGAAGUACAUCCGACGGGUGAGGAUGGCGCCCGGCGUCACUGUUACCAACUCGACAAAGCAGAAGGACGAGCUCAUCGUCGAAGGAAACAGCAUAGAGGACGUGUCAAGAUCAGCUGCCCUCAUCCAACAGUCAACAACAGUGAAGAACAAGGAUAUCCGUAAAUUCUUGGACGGUCUCUAUGUCUCUGAGAAGACAACUGUUGUGCAAGAUGAAUGAUUUGUUUAAUUAAAACUGUUCUUAUAUAACAUUGAA